AUGCCUCCGAAACGAAAGAGACCCGAGCGAGCCUCGACAGAUGGCGGCAGACCCGCGCCCCACCGGCCUGGUGAUACCCAGCUCGCCCAACAUGACAGGACAAACGGAGGCGAUGAUGGUCACUCGAGACCAGGACGUGGCGGACGAUCCACAAGAAGAAACGAUCGUCGAGAUUCUCAACAGGGAGCGCACUCGCGGAACCAGCAGCAACCUGCAUCAUCGCCAGCCGCUAACCGACUUCCUGGCUCAACCUCUCAAGCCCCUCCUCAACCUCCCCCUCCUCCAGCCCCGAGACAGCAGCGGGCUCCUUCCCCCGUCCUUCCUCCACCCACGCCUGUUCCCUCCAACUAUUGCUACGAUACCCUUACCGACGAAAGAAUUUCUCAGUGGGCUGCGAGUGGCCGCCAAGAGGUCAUAGCUCACGGUAUUCAAUCACGCAGCGAUGUCGAUAUCACGGAGUUAUCCUGUAUCUUCCAGGAAUUCAUCCGCUCUGUCCUCGAUGGCCGAAUGUCGCCCACCGAUGCUGGUGCGUGUAUCAAAGAGAUCCUGGGUCCCGAGUCGAGCGAAGUGAUUAAGAACUCCUUUGCCUUCGAGCCCCAUACCCUCUUCUUGGACACCCUGGCCACAGUCGUAGAUAGCGACUCCCCAGACGAACUUCCGCAGCUUCGUCACUUCCUCGAUGCGACAGGCGUAUCUCACCAGUCUAUGCGCGAGAUGCUCGAGGUUCCUCUCCUCAACCAGUUGGGUCUCAUUCGUGACAGUUUCGCCAAACUCGGUAUCCGGCACGCCACCAAUCUUCUCUACCGUCAAGCGAACUACAACCUUCUUCGCGAGGAGACUGAAGGAUAUUCAAAGCUUAUCACCGAGCUUUUCACUACUAGUGGUUCUGGGCCUCCAACGGCAGAAAUGGUUCAAUCGACAUUCGAGAAAGUCAAGGCCUUGAUAGGAACUUUCGAUCUUGACGUUGGUCGUGUGCUUGACGUUACACUCGAUGUGUUUGCCGCUGUGCUCAUUAAACAGUUCCGCUUCUUUAUCAAAUUCUUACGUGUCAGCUCGUGGUGGCCGAGGGCGCGACGAUCACCUGGCUCAGUCUUCAUGGGCGGCCUUCCGGCUUGGGCUCUACCCAACUCCUCUCAAUGGCAAACUAGCGAAGAGGACGAGGUGGCCAUGGAAGAACCGAAGAGGGAACGCGAUGUUCUUUUCUGGGACAGAGCCCGCCAGGCUCAUAUCGACGCGUACUUCGAGCUCGGCGGCCGUCAACUCGCAGACGACGAGCAGCAAUUGCUCGAUAUCCUGGGAGACGACGAAAUCAGCACGGACAUGGAACGGCUUUGGAUGAAAACUACAAAGACGCUCCCUCCCCAGGGAAACAAGACUGCGGCACAGCUUCUCGGCUUCAAACUCCGUUUUUACGCCUCAGAGGCUAGAGAUGAGGAUGACGUCCUUCCCGCGAAUCUACUCUACCUGGCGGCUCUUCUAAUCAAGGUGGGCUUCGUCUCCAUUACCGAUCUUUACCCUCACCUAUGGCCCCUUGACCAGGAUAUGGAGGCUGUGAGGGAGAAGAAGAUGAAGGAACUGGAAGACAAGGAACGCGCGAGCCGUCCCGGUGGUGGUAUGAAUGCGUUGAUGAUGGCCGGUGCCCUCCCUGAUGACACUGUCCCCGCCCCCACAUCGCUGACGCGAUCUCGCGAUGCCAUCACGAAGCCAGAUGCCGAGCCCCAUGCGGCCAACCACGCUGGUUCGGAUGAGAAACCCAAGCUUCCAGAACCUAUGGAGCAGAAGAUUUCUCUCGUUUUGUGCCUACUCACUAUUGGCGCACUUCCCGAAGCCCUCUUCAUGCUCGGCCGCUUCCCUUGGAUGAUAGAGGUGUCUCCCGAUGUUCUAGAUCGAAUUCAUCGUAUCCUCAACCACUCAAUCAACAAAGUUUACCGGGAUAGCCAGCCUGCAAGCUUUUUGGCCCGAGCAGAGUGCCCCGCUAAGGAUAUGGCAAAUGCAGACCAAACCGGAGCUCCCAAGGGAACUGUGAAGCUCGGAAAGCUUCUUCCCCGCAAGACCCUUAGAUGGCCCUUCCCCGACAAGUCUGACACGAACGACAACCAGAACUAUCGGUUCUAUUGGGAUGAAUGGUCUGAUAACAUUCCCGUCUGCCAGGAUGUCGAUGACAUCUUCACACUUUGUGGCACGCUUCUGAACAUUUCUGGCGUCAAUAUCGGCAAGGACGAGACUAUCCUACCCAAACUCGCAACCAUCGGCGCUAAGAGCCUCGCCGAGGACUCGUCCAAGGAGAACCGGGAUCGGUGGUUGGACCUUCUCAAACGGCUUUUGGUGCCUGCUUUGAGCAUGACCAAGGCUAAUUCCGCAACGGUGAAUGCUGUCUGGUCACUGCUCAGUACAUAUCCUACCCAUGUCCGUUACAACAUUUACGCGGAGUGGUUUGAGGGCCAGAUUUCCCGGCUUCCUGCCAUCAAGUCCGCUUUUGCCCGCACGAGGUUGGAGACUUUGAGCAUCAUGAAGCGUUUGUCGCUAACGAACCUGAGCGACAUGGCCAAGUCGUUGGCGAAGACGAGCUAUUCAUCACCCGGCGUCGUAUUCAAGGUUGCUCUCGACCAGAUUGAAUCGUAUGCAAACUUGAUCGACGCCUUCGUCGAAUGCGCUAAAUAUUUCACCGACCUUUCCUACGACGUCCUCAUCUGGUCCCUAAUGAACUCCCUUGGUGGAAAGAAUCGCAGUCGCACCCAAGAGACGUCUGUCCUGCUCACAAGCAAAUGGCUUCAGGCCCUCUCCCGUUUUGCUGGUCGCGUCUUCCGACGCUAUUCGGUCAUGAAUCCUACACCGGUCAUCCAAUAUGUGGAUGAUCAGCUCUUCAAGGGUAACUCGACGGAUUUGAUCAUCCUGAAAGAACUCAUCUCUUCAAUGGGUGGCAUCGUACCUACUGUUGAUUUCACUGAUGGCCAGAUCAUGGCCUUGGCCGGCGGAGAGACUCUCCGAAGACAAACACUCAUCAACGUGCAGGACAGGCGGUUCGACUCAGUGAAGAGCUCGCGGCGUCUUAUUCAGGCGCUAAUCGACUCUAAGCUUGCCGGGCAGCUCUUAAUCAACAUUGUCCAGUACCGCCAGGCCGCCAUCUACAAGACUGCGGAGGAUGAGGCACAUAUCAAGUAUCUGUCUUCGAUGGUCGACGACUCUCAGCAGAUCCUCACUCAAUACCUCGAUCUCCUGCGAAGCAAUCUUGAUCCUGCUGUGUUCGAUUCCUUCGUACCAGCCAUUGACCGCCUGUUGGGAGAGUUCGGCAUCGACGUCAGCCUUGCUUUUGUUAUCAGUCGGCCCAGCCUCUCGUACCGUAUGAUGCCAAAGGAGGAGCAGCAGGCGCAAGCCCAAUCAUCGCAAGCUGCCGCAGAGGACGGUGAUAUUCCGAUGACGGACGCGACGGUGUCCCAGCAACGGAAUCGACAAUCGACACCUCGAGAUUCUGGAGAGCCCGACAACAGCAAGAUGGAGGUCGACAAGAAAGACGGUUCCCAAGCCAGUCCAUCGACUCAAGGAAGUGGUAGUCGCAUCAGCGAUCCUUUCCUCGAAGUUCUCCAGCCGGUCAUUGAUACCCUGGAGCAGAUCAAGGAGCCAGCCUUCUGGAAGGCAAUUACACCAGAAUUCUACACCAUGUUCUGGGCCUUGCAACUUGGCGACCUCUUCGUCCCUGAAGAGUGGUAUCAAAAGGAGGAAGAUCGCGCGUACACUCAGGCCAAGGAAAUUAUGCGUGACCGGUCUGAUAUGACGAGGAGCGGCAUCACGAAGAAGGAAGAGAAGCACAAAGCCCUCACGGCAAUUGUUGUUAAACUUGGCAAAGAGAAAGCGCGGCACAAGAAGACCUUCACCCGCAACAAGUUCCACAUGAUCCGAAGGUUCAAGUCCUGGUUCCCGGCUACUGACCAGGCUAAGCCCCGAGCAGUUUCCGAUGCCAUCUUGGAGCAAUGCCUCCUCCCCCGACUCGUUCUUUCUGCCAGUGAUGCUGAAUAUUGCCAUCGGGUAAUCCGGUUCCUCCACGACUUUGCCUGUCCUAACUUCAAACUGAUGUCGCUUUACGAUCGUCUUUUCAAUGCCAACCGCUUGCGAGCGAUUAUUUUCACUUGCACCGUUCGAGAGGCUGAACAUCUUGGUCGUUUCUUAAAGUGCGUUCUCGGAGACUUGUCCAAAUGGCACAAGGACAAGGCUGCCUACGAGAAGGAUGCCCUACUCGGACAGGCGGGCCAGAAGGAACGUACUCUUAUCGGAUUCGCAACUUCUAUUGAUAAUGAUGGCAAGCCCACGGCCUUCGUAGAGCAUGCUCAAUUCCGAGAUAUGCUCUAUGGAUGGCACAAGAACCUCAACAUGGCUCUAAAGUCGUGCUUAGGAGGCAUGGAGUGGAUGCAUAUCCGCAACGCCAUUACCGUUCUCAAGUCUGUUCUCGACUUCUUCCCCGCGGUCGACUUCAUGGCGCAGCAAUUUAUCCGGCAACUGAAGACAAUCACCGAUCGCGAAUCAGCGAAACCUGCCGUCGACAACGCCGAGUCCGGCAACCGUGUGGAUCUCUCCGUCGCUGCGCAAACUGCGUUGUCAGAAUUGCAGAAACGCAAGUCGAAAUGGGUCAUGGUACAAGGUUUCCGCCCGAAUACGAGUGGUGACUCUCAGCAAGAGGCCCCGUCAGCAUCCAACCUUCGUCCAACAGCACCGGAGUUCAAGCCCGACAGGACAACAAAGACCCUCGGCAAGGGACAGGAGGACGAGGACGGAGAAGUUAAGGAUGGCGAGGAAUCGAAGACUCAAGCUUCGAGACCGGCUCAAGCGGCGGUACCAUCCAACACCCCCAAGGAUACCCUUCCCGCCAAACCAUCCCCUAGGCCAGCACUCAGCCAGCCUCAAAUUCCCAACGCGGACAGACGCUCACCUCGACUCACAGCGGCCCAGCCACAACAGGCUCGCCAGUCACCAGCCGUUACAACAAAUUCCAACAACUCGGUGGGUACCCGACAUGAUACCUCGAAAACGUCUUCUCUCCCGGACCGUGUCCCGCAUGGUUUGCCCAGCCGACCAGACGUACCAUUGCCAGGCUACUUUGCAUCAGAUCGCUUCGGCCAGGUGCGUCCCGAUGCUCGGGAAACCCGGGACGCCAGAACAACACCCUCGAGGGACGCGCGUGAGCCUCGACAUGCAAGGGACAGUCGGGACCCCCGAGAGCCACGUGAGAACAGGGAGAGGGACCAGAGAGAGACUCGCGAAGCCAGAGAUGCCGCUAGGACCCCUGACCCGGCUCGCUUGGAGCGCCCUCGAGAUCUGCCUGGCUCGGAUCGGCGUGUAUCAGAUCACCCUAACUCCCGGGAUGCACGAGAUGGCCGUGACUCUAGGGAUACCCCCCGUCCGCCCGACCAAGACCGCGUUGGAAGACCCGACUCGACCCGAAGGCCCGAGCCUAGCGAUAGGGAUUCACGGCAACCAGCCAGAGAUCGCCAGGCCGCGCCUCCGAACGGUCGCGGGCACAACAGCCCAAGGCCGAGAGAUUCGGCACCAGCUACGCCCACCCCGGCAUCGUCAGGUCGUGCCGACCAAUCUGGUCCGGUAAUGAACCCUGAGAGAGCAGCUCUACUCCAGAGCGCAGACCGACCUCCCCGUCAGGACUCUGAUCGCACAAAGGACAAGAACGCCAAUGCUCGUCACCCAGAUCCCGAUCGCUCCGAUAUCCUGAACCCUGCCCGUGCAGCUUUGAUCGAUGGAGGAAGGCGUAACGAUCGGCCACAGCAGCCUCGAGAAGACGGCCGUGAUAGAGCACCCCGGGCCCAUUCGCCGAGGAGACGAGAUCGGCAACACGAGCAAUCGACUCAGCCCGAUGGCGGUCGCGACGAUCGCCAUGGACGCUCCCACCCUCCGCCUCCACCUCCCCCGACCUCCCAGCAGUCGACUGAGCAGCGUGGAGUUUCAAGGGACAACAGGGACACGCGAGACAACCGACCCGAACCGCCCUCAACUACUGGUGGCCGAGGCGAUAAGCGAAAUGACCGAGACUCCAAUAGGAUGCCCGACAACCGUCCUGCCCCAAUCAGUCACAACGGUCCUCCGCGGUCCGUAGAGCCUGACCACGGCGGCAGAUCUGCAGCAUACCAAGACCAGAACUACGGACGCCUCAACCCCAUCCCCUCGGUGGCGGAUAUCCCCUCGGGUCCAAGAGGCCGAGGCCGCGGUGCAGCUCGAGCAGUGUCCGGGCCGGUUCCAAGCGUGCCUGCCCGAUCGGACGCCAGAUUCCCAACCAGCGAACCUGCCAGGGGACAAACUCCUGAGAAGCACCCACCUACGGGACCAUCGUCCUCGAGAAGCCGACGGGGCCAGUUCGAACCAAAUAAUCCACCCAUGAACGCUCCCAGCCCGGCAACACCUAGCACGCUUCCUCAUCAAGACCGUGCACGCCAAGGACCUCCCGGCGCGUCCCCUGCUUCGUCUUUUAGUGGCACUCCCUCCGGCCCGGCUGGAAUUCAUCCCGACCGGCUCUCUCAGAUUGCGCCACCGCCGCCGCCGCCACCGCCGGGUGUGCCUCCCCAUGGCGCCUAUGGACGCCCUCCCAUGCAUCAAGGCGCAGGCCGUGCCGCACCCUCUGGUGGGGCUGGUUCCCGGCACGCAUCAGGUAACUUUACAGGACCCAAUGUGCCUGACACGAACACGCCGCCGGGACCCUCAGUCCCUGACCGUCUCAGAUCGGGUGGCCGAAGGCAACUUGCCGGAAUCAACAACACCCUUCAGCAAGCGCAGGCAACCAUGGCCGAUUCUGGCCGCUCACGACGCGGUGGACAGCGUGCCAGUCUGGCUGGCUCAGAUGCUCAGGUUCUGACGGGAGCAUCCCCUGUGUCUACGCCGACAAAGGAGCCAGACCAGCCAUCUCGCCAAGAUGCCAGCAAUGACCGAGGAACUGCUAAUGGAGAUGGCCAUGCCAGCAGGGCGGACGACAGGGGUCGUCGCGACCGCGAGAGGUCUGAGAGGUCUGGCAGAUCCAGACGUAGCAGCCGUGAUCGUGAUCGCGACCGAGACCGGGAGCGUGACAGAGAUAGGGAUCGAGACCGGGAUCGUGAGAGGGAUCGCGAUCGAGAUCGUGAGCGGGAGCGCAGUCCCGAGAGAGAACGUGACAAAGAUUCGCGAAGUUAUCGAGACAGGCGAUCGGCUCCGUCUGGAACACAGGCCCCCUCGGGUGGCAGGGAUGAUCGCGAAUCUUCUCGACGAUCCGGACGAGAGCCUUCGGGCGUUUCAGGAUCGGCAAGGGACGUUCCUGCAUCAGGGCCUCAGCAAGGUGGUGGUGGUGUUGGCGGGAGAGACCAGGCCAGCAGUGCUCGAGAGUCGCGGCAUCGCGGCGAGCCUGCCCCGUCCGGCAGGAAUGAGGAAUGGAACGGCGGAGGUCGAGGUGGUGGACAUAGGGAUGCUGGUGGAAGAGAUUCGAGCUCCCGAGCGCGAGACGAUCGUCGCGAGCCGAGGGAGGAACGGGGACGGAAGAGACGAAGCGAGGAGGGAGCCGCGCCGAUCCCUAACGAGCGGGAAAAGCGACAAAGGCGAUAG